UGCUGCCUCCACACAGAUCUCGAGUCACCGCCGCCUCUGGCUAUGGAAGUGGCGCCCGAACAGCCGCGCUGGAUGGCGCACCCCGCGGUGCUCAAUGCGCAGCACCCCGACUCGCACCACCCGGGCCUGGCACACAACUACAUGGAGCCCGCGCAGCUGCUGCCGCCCGACGAGGUGGAUGUCUUCUUCAACCAUCUCGACUCGCAGGGCAACCCCUACUACGCCAACCCGGCCCACGCGCGGGCACGGGUCUCUUACAGCCCCGCGCACGCUCGCCUGACGGGAAGCCAGAUGUGCCGACCACACUUGUUGCACAGCCCUGGGUUGCCUUGGCUGGAUGGGGGCAAAGCGGCCCUCUCUGCUGCCGCAGCUCACCACCACAAUCCCUGGACCGUGAGCCCCUUCUCCAAGACGCCACUGCACCCCUCAGCUGCUGGAGGCCCUGGAGGCCCUCUCUCUGUGUAUGCAGGGGCAGGCGGUGGGAGUGGAGGAGGCAGUGGGAGCUCAGUGGCCUCCCUCACACCCACGGCAGCCCACUCAGGCUCCCAUCUCUUUGGAUUCCCACCCACACCACCCAAAGAAGUUUCUCCUGACCCCAGCACCACAGGCGCUGCCUCCCCAGCCUCGUCCUCUGCAGGGGGCAGUGCAGCUCGGGGAGAGGACAAGGAUGGCAUCAAGUACCAGGUGUCACUAACUGAGAGCAUGAAGAUGGAAAGCAGCAGUCCCCUUCGUCCAGGCCUCGCAGCCAUGGGCACCCAGCCUGCCACACACCACCCCAUCCCCACCUACCCCUCCUAUGUACCAGCCACUGCCCAUGACUACAGCAGCGGACUCUUCCACCCUGGAGGCUUCUUGGGUGGCCCUGCCUCCAGCUUCACUCCUAAGCAGCGCAGCAAGGCACGCUCCUGUUCAGAAGGCCGGGAGUGUGUCAACUGUGGGGCCACAGCCACCCCUCUCUGGCGGCGAGAUGGCACUGGCCACUACCUGUGCAACGCUUGUGGGCUCUACCACAAGAUGAAUGGGCAGAAUCGGCCACUCAUCAAGCCUAAGCGGAGACUGUCGGCUGCCAGGAGAGCAGGCACCUGUUGUGCAAAUUGUCAGACAACAACCACCACCUUAUGGCGCCGAAAUGCAAACGGAGACCCGGUCUGCAACGCCUGUGGCCUCUACUACAAGCUGCACAACGUUAACAGGCCGCUGACCAUGAAGAAGGAAGGAAUCCAGACACGGAACCGGAAAAUGUCCAACAAAUCCAAGAAGAGCAAGAAGGGGGCUGAGUGCUUUGAGGAGCUAUCUAAGUGUAUGCAGGAGAAGUCAUCCCCCUUCAGCGCGGCUGCUCUGGCUGGACACAUGGCACCUGUGGGUCACCUCCCACCCUUCAGCCACUCUGGACACAUCUUGCCCACGCCGACACCCAUCCACCCCUCUUCCAGCCUCUCCUUUGGCCACCCCCACCCUUCCAGCAUGGUGACCGCCAUGGGCUAG